GUCUUGUGGGGCCGAUUAAGGUUUUGAUGUCGCGAACACCCAGCCAGCCAUCUUCGACCAGCCUCGCGACCAGCCUCCGUCCUCGUUUCCUCAUAUCAAGACCCUUCUCGUACUCAGCCCUCCCUUCCUCUUCUUCUUCUGGUGUUUAUCUUCUACUUCUCUCGAGCCUCUGCGGUCUCGGCUCAUUCCAGAGAGACUCAUGCGCUUGUUUGCACUCGCGCUCGCGCUCUCGCUCCGGGCGGUCCUCGCUCUCAACCUCAAGACCGUCGAUCUCCCGGCAAUCGAUCUCGCUGCCUUCGGUCAGGUCGGUUUCUCUGGCGACUUCAGCGGACUCUCCGUGUACAAGUAUGCGAGCCAGCAGUCGACAACGACCUCAGGAACCACCAAACUGUCCUCAAGCACUACUACCGAAGACUCACUGCUGCUCUCCCAAAGCGAAAACAUUUUCCUCGACCUUCUCCAGACCGAUGGUGUCGUACGCUCAAUGUGUCUGAUAGACUCAGAUCUCUAUCUUGCAGGAAACUUCACAAAAGUCGGAACAGUGCGUGCAAAGGCUGUCGCCAGAGUAGACAUCAGCUCAGGCGAUGUUUACAGUCUUGACAAUGGCCUCUCUGGUACCGCAAACGCCGUUCUCUGCGACCCAGAGCACGAGCUGGUGUACUUUGGUGGCCAAUUUACCAACAACGUUGCUAUCUGGGACACCUCUCUGGAGCAAUGGGCCGAUAUCCCAUUCACAAGUCUCAACGGUGGUCCCGUCCACGCCAUAGUUGCUCGCGACAACAACAUUGUUUUUGGCGGCAAAUUCACCGGACUCGGCAACUCGUCAACAGACUCAACCUCAUCAUCCGAAGAUUCAGACUCUGCUCUGCAAGUUGUCAACAUGCGCUCCUCGACGGUCACCGUUCAGGGCAACUCCAACGGCACCUACGAUCUUCCCCGCUCAGUCAUUUGCGCCCAAAACUCAACGGCCGCAGAGAGUACAUGGCUAGCAGCCGAUGAAUCUGAGGCAGUAUGGACCGCUGAUUUUGCCUACGAAUUCAACCCCACAAAGUUGCGCCUUCGAAACGCUGAUGUUGACGAUCGAGGAACAAAGCUUUUCCGCUUUGUAGCCGAGCCCCUAAACGGAAUCCUCAAUCUCACUUACACUGACCCUGAAACCGGAGAAACCGAGUAUUGCGACGCAUGGUGUCCUCUCCCAAACAUCACCACCGCGGAGUACACUGAAUUUGAUUUUGUCGAUGUUAUCGGGAUCACUGGUUUCAGUCUGUACCUCUUGGAUUAUUAUGGCGAGGGUGCCGGAUUGUCUCAAGUCGAGCUUUUCCAGGAACGAAUCAUGACAUAUGCGGUCGACGACUACAACGAGCCUGACUCCUGCGGCCUUUCAGAGGUCAGCACUUCCUCAUACUCUGACGACGAAUGGACCACGGUUUCAUACGACAGCUCCGCAUACUUGACAACAACCGUCUCAGCAGAUAAUCUCACGGAUGCUGUUGUCAAGUUUUACCCCGACAUCCACGUCUCCGGAAACUACACCGUGAUGAUGUAUACCCCCGGUUGCACUGAAGACGAUACGUGCGACUCUCGAGGAACAGUUGACGUGACGAUCCAUCCCAAAGAUAACGGCAACAACAAGACAUCCACCUUAUACCAAACCAACUCUUAUGAAAAAUACGACGUGAUCUACGAGGGAUUUGUCGACUCCGUGUCAGAUUCCUUCCAGCCUUAUGUCGUAUUGAAGCCAACAGUCGGCCAGUCUGGAAACAUCACGAUUGUGGCUGAAAAGGUCGAGUUUGUGCUUAUCUCAACGACUGGAGGAUUGAACGGUCUCUUUGAAUAUGACCCAAGCAACUACACUUCUUCCUCAAACUCAUCAACAACAGAAAUCUACUCGACCGCAAUCAACGAGGCUGGUGAGGAUUUGGACGACGGAGCUGAGAUCUAUACGCUUGCCGUCACGGAUUCCAUGCUUUUUAUUGGUGGAAACUUCUCAAGCGAGAAAAUGAACAAUUUUAUGGCAAUCACUGAAGAUGGCGACAUUAUGACCGCUGACGGCGGCUUGAAUGACGCAAUUUCGUCGAUCGUUGCCAUUGAUGAUAUCGUUGUAGUGGGCGGAAACUUCACGUCGACGAUGUACAACUCAUCAGAAACUGACGGUCUGUCAUACGUCGCUCGAUACUCAAUCAAGAAGGAUUCGUGGAUCGCGCUCGGCGCUGGUGUCGACGGUCCAGUUACGAACAUUGCGCAAAUGUCUGUUCAAGUAUCUAAUACGACCUAUGACGCCCUUGCAAUCGACGGAGCAUUCACAGAGAUCAAAGAGAACGAUGAUGAUGAAGCAAUCGAAGCUGAUGGAUUGGCUCUUUGGUUGACAAAUUCAACGGAAUGGGCUGGUCGAACAGAUCUCGAGCUGCCUUACAUCAAAGGAUCUGUUUCAGCGUCUGUCGCUACGGAUAAUCAGACUUAUAUUAUUGCUGGAGAGUUGGAGACAGAGUCCUUGAGCACAUCUGGAGGAGCAACCGUGAAUGAGGAUUAUGAACUUGGUUCUAUGCCGUUUCAGUUUGAUUCGUCGAGUUCUUCUAGCGUUUCAAAACGAGCUACUAGCUCUUCAGAUUCCGACUUGAAUGCUAUCUACGCUGUUACCUACUUCACGAGAGAAAGCAAGCUGUACUCUGUAGCUGGAGGUUCCUUCUCUGCGGUUGAUUCAGAUGACAACUCAUUUAAAGACUAUAUUGUCUAUAAUGAUGACGGUGUGCAGUACGGAUUGACGUCAGACGAGCUCGACAGCAACCAGGGUAUCUUUGCGCUCUGCAACUACAACAACGAGUCGAUCGUCCUUGGUGGAUCAUUUUCAGGAUCGGUUGGCGACUCUGAGAUUGAGAAUAUCGCGAUUUGGGAUUUGGAGAGCCAAGCAUUGGCUUCGACUCAGCCCGACGGUUUGUCCGGAGACUCGCCUCAAAUCAACGCCAUUGUUGCUCGCCCCGGGUCUUCAUCAAUCGUUGUUGGUGGAUCGUUCUCAGAGGCUGGCGAUGUCUCGUGCGACGGCCUGUGUGUAUACGAUAUGUCGAAUGGCACUUGGUCGGCGCUGACUCGUGGUGUGGGUGGUAAUGUGACUUCUUUGACCUUCCUCGACAGCGACCGCCUCGUUGUCGCAGGAAACAUGACGACCGGAUCUGAAGUCAAGAGCUAUAUGGCCAUGUACGAUUUCAGCACUUUAUCUUGGGACGUGCUAGGGCAGAUGGCAUCAGAACUUCCUGGACCUGUGAAUGUUUUCGUCACCGCCAGCGGAAGUACGUCUGAUGCUAUUGUCGCGGGACAGUUUGCCGGGAACGACACAAAUUAUCUAUGGGCUUACGACGGCUCAUCAUGGGAAGAUAUAGGAUCUAGUCUCAAAUCUGGUUCAAUCAUCUAUGACGCGAAACUACUGCCGCUCAAAGACAGCCGAUCGACUUCAUCGAUUAUCCCCGAGAAUAUGGUAUUGCUGGUUAUGGGACAGCUUGUCCUUCCCAGCUACGGCUCAGUUUCGGCAGCAUUUUACGAUGGAAGUAGCUGGACUCCGUUUGUGUCCAGUACGAAGGACGAUGGGUCGGCUGGCUAUAUUUAUACUUUAUUCACGCAAGAUUCGAACGCGCUGGAGGACCUGCAGUCAAUAAUCGCGGAUAAUGAGAGUCAUAUGAAAGCCGGCUUUGUCGUCCUGAUAUCGCUCGCAAUCUCAUUGCUGAUAAUGUUUGUGAUUGUCCUCACGGCAUACACUGUAUCACAUCUACGAAGACGAUCAGAAGGCUACGAGCCCUUUUCAGUGAUCUACGAUACUCCGGACGAGCUAAUGACUCAAAGCUUGUCGCCGGCUGUGUUGUUUUCCGAACUCAACAGUAAAGAACGGAAUCAAGUUUGAAACUGAGUUCCUGUUUUGUUAUUGUUUUUUGGUGGUUAUGUAUAGAUGAUGCGAGUGUCACUCAUUUUUUUUCUAAUACCUGAGGAGGGGCGUGGCUUGCCUUACUCCUAUUGUUUUGUUUUGUUGUGUUUUGGGUAUACUCUGAUAUUCUUGUCUAUUUUCUUCAUUGCAUUCGGCGCAUCGUCUCUUUUUCCACAGUCACUCAUUUACAGACCUGGGCCCGGAGUUUUCUUGUGUUUAAUCGGUUUUUGUUUUCUUCCUAUGUUUACUAACUACAGUCACUCCUUAAGUACUAUCUUUGCUAUUUAUUUUAUUACUCUUAAUCACUUUUGUUUCUUUCGCACAUCAGUGCUGCUCAAAAUAAUACACUCUACAC